AUGAACACAAAAGACAGGUUGAGACUUCUUCGGAGGCUUCCCAAAGAGCUCAUCGAUCACAUCAUUUCCUCUGCACCACUUAUUUUCAAGCCGAAUGUGCUCACUUCUCUGAAACUGCCUCGGCGGAAGACACAAGAGUCAUAUUCGCGGCUCUGGGCUACUAUUUUCAAAAGCGAGGACUGGCUUCUACACAUCAUUCAACAAUACAACGUGAAGCCAGUGGUGAUAGGCUUCGGAAUCCCUUCUGUUGGCCAGGAAAAGAACGACAGCUCUAAGGAAAUAUGUCUUGUGCUCAAAAUCUUGGGGCCUCCGACAUGGUUCAAGGAUGAAGAAAUGCAAUUGUUUCUGGAUUGCCUAAGGAAGUACGAGGAUUAUCCGACGAUGUUUGGACUCCAACUUCACCAUGGAAUUAAACUACAUAUGUCUGCGGUCGCAGGAAACUCCGAAGCUGAGUCUGACAUGGUUCCAGCGGCAUGGCAGUGGAAAAGCAAGCUUUUCAACCAACUUGAUGGGCCUAUAUCAACAUACUAUUCUAUUUAUGGAUCGGGCAAAGUUCAACUCCUUCGAUCCAACGACAUUGUUAUUUCAGAGACAUCGUUUGAACUGAAGCUUUCGCACGACAAUGUCAAGCUCCCCGCCAAAAUUUGCUUCUCGCGUUCUCGUUAG